AUAUGGCUUGUUCAGGGUUGGAAAUGAGUCACAAGGAACGCAAUUAAAGCACGUUAGCCUGAGGCUCACAUUACCGGCAGCCACGAAAACCAGGUGGAGUCUGUUGCUCCCAGAAGGGCAAGAGAAAUGGGGAGAGACGAGGAAGAGAAGCGUGAACUCUCCCAGUAUCUAAGGCUGUUAAGAGUGGCUGCACAAUAAAGCAAACGCAGAGCCACCUUCCACUGCCUUGAGCGCCACACACACACAAAAAAAUCCCCUAAAACUCCAAUACCGUUGGGAGGAGGAAAGCGCCAAGGCAAAAACGAAGGACCUGACUAGGAAACGAGGAGAAGCAGAAGCGAAGCCAAGAAACAAAGACAAAAAGAAGACAACAGUUUGGAGAAUGUAAGAAGGGCCACAACCGAGACCACGUGCAUACAUUUCAAGCACCCCUGAAUCAAAACAAACCUGCGUAGCCCCGCCCAUCCCCGUCACGUGACCUCCACGCUCGUGCAGCUUCCGGAAGAGCCCGGUAGCAACCGCUUCACCGCUGGAGUUUUGGCCUCUCUCAAACCGCUUCCCGCUGGGUUUUUCUUUUGGUUUGGGCUGAGCCCGCGUAGUGCUUGCCAUGGCAGCAAGCCCCGGGGCGAUCACUAAUGCGGACUCUGCAUUUGGAGGUGGAGAGAAGGAAGGUAAACGUGUCAAACCUUUUACACCAGAGAAAGCAAAAGAAAUCAUAAUGUGUUUACAACAACCUGCAGUCUUCUAUAACAUGGCUUUUGAUUGGCCGGCACGACACUGGACUGCUGAACAUCUCUCUGAGGUCCUCCGUGGCAAGCAGAUACGAUUUAGGAUGGGAAGGAAAAGCACAGACACAGCUCCUCAGUUUGAAACCGCAUGUAAUUAUGUAGAAGCUACACUUGAAGAGUUUCUUUCCUGGAACUGUGACCAGUCUAGUAUUUCCGGAGCAUUUAGAGACUAUGAUCAUUCCAAAUUCUGGGCUUAUGCUGACUAUAAAUAUUUUGUCAGUUUAUUUGAAGACAAGACAGAUAUUUUCCAGGAUGUGAUAUGGUCUGACUUUGGGUUUCCUGGAAGAAAUGGACGGGAAAGUACAUUGUGGAUCGGCUCCCUGGGGGCCCAUACACCCUGUCAUCUGGACACCUAUGGUUGCAACUUAGUAUUCCAGGUGCAAGGAAGGAAAAGAUGGCAUCUCUUUCCUCCUGAAGAUACUCCUUUCCUUUAUCCAACUAGAAUCCCUUAUGAAGAAUCCAGUGUGUUCAGUAAAAUCAAUGUUGUCAAUCCUGAUUUAAAACGUUUUCCUCAGUUCCAGAAAGCUCGAAGACAUAUGGUCACGCUGAGCCCAGGACAGGUUCUGUUUGUUCCCAGACACUGGUGGCAUUAUGUGGAAUCCAUUGAUCCUGUCACUGAAGAGGACCACCAAGCCCGGGUAGAAGAGGCAAUCACCCGCAUGCUUGUGUGUGCCCUGAAAACUGCAGAGAAUCCACACAAUACCAGAGCUUGGUUAAACCCAACUGAGCUUGAGGAAACAUCCCAUGAAGCCAACUGUCACUACUUAAAUGGGGCCGUCUCUGCUUUUCUAAAUCAUCAUGGAACAUCUGAAGUGGUAGGAACACAGGCACUGAGAACCAACAGAGAGUGCACGGUAAAGGAGGAGUUAGAUGUGCACAGCCGCGUGGGGGUAGAACAAGCUGCGAGCCACACCGUAAGCUCAGGAACAGUGAAACAGGAGGCGGCAAGGCCUUUCGGUCUUGAUCUGGUACCUGUCACACCAGGUUCACAAGAACCAUCUUCAGAAAGAGGAGGCAUAUUUGAAAAUGAUGGUGAAGACUUUGUCAGCAAAAAUGGAAAAUCCUUUGGAAAACUGCCUAAUACCAAGAGGCAACGAAUGAUGAGUGAGAGUGAGAAUGCAGUUGUGGAACAGAUUGCCUCAGAUAGGACUGUGGCCCUUUCCCAAACAUUCGUUUCUACAGAUGACUUGCUGGACUGCUUGGUGAAUCCACAGGUAACCAGGCUAGUGGCACAACUUCUGAUUCAAGGAAGAAGUAUGUGAUUCAGAUAGAAAAUGAUUUUUUAAAUAGUUUUAAGAAUAUCUUUAAUGUAGUUUUUAAAUAAAAGAUGAACCAGCAAAAGUUCAGUUUGCACAUGCUUAAAAUGUACUGUUCUCACCUAACUGAAUUUUAGUCUCUUGCCACCUUCUGGCAUACAUGUUGCUCUUUGGACAGCCUGGCUCUUUGUUAUUUGUAUGCCUCUGUCCUCGGUGCCUUUGCCUUGCCUCUCCCAUCUCAUACCUUCAGCCUGUCUCAAAUGUAAGCGCCUGGUGUUCUCAACAGGAAGUAGUCUCUGCAUCAGCCUCAAGCAGGGGUCAGCCUGCUGCUUGUUUUUGUAAAUAAAGUUGUAUUGAAACACA